AUGGCUGUGCUGAUCAACCCUGGCACCUCCCCCACGCCCGUGUUUGCGUACGACAACCUGCUCUUCUUCCCGGCAGACUGUCGCACGUGUCUCGUGGCCAAGCCCGCCCGCAGCAAACACUGUUCCCUGUGCGGCCGGUGUGUCCAGCUGUUCGACCACCAUUGCAUCUGGCUUAACAACGACGUUGGCUACUACACCUACAGAUACUUCAUAGGGUUUCUCGUUGCCAAGAUAUGGACAUUCACCUACGGCGCUUAUUUGUGCUGGACGGCGCUUGGAGUAUCCCCCACGAUGUUCUGGACAACGUUACGUGCAACCUCAACGGAGAAUAAGAUUACAGGCACCUUAUUUCUCCUAUGUGUGCUCCUGCUACCAUUGGUUGCACUCUUCCUUGGAGAACACUUGCGGUACAUCUACCUGGGUGUCACCACUAACGAAACCGCCAAAUGGGACUACAUUCAUUACCUGAUGCAAAAUAAGCUGCUUUAUAAAGAUGGCUCCCAAUUUUUGGUGGUCGAUGAAAUGGGCUACACCACGCUUACUGGUGCGCCGAUCAACGCUACACGCCCAGCCCCGGUGACCUCAUGGGACCAGCUCACCAACAUCUACGAUCACGGAUUCGUUUCAAACUUAAAACAACGUUUGUUUCCAAAACCUCUAUAA